UAGCUCUUGUUCGCGGCAGUUCAAGAGCAAUUUGUACCUAUAGAGAGGCAUGUUUUGAUGCAGCCAUAAUACAYCAUUGCUUAAAAUUACAGAUAUUGAUAUCUACUUGUGCUAUUAGGGAUGUUUCGUCUCUUUACUUCAGUGAGCUGCAAGUUUGUUUGGGUCAACACAACCGCCUAAACUUCGAUUGCACGAACUUCGCUCUCAUUCUAAUAACUUAUUAUGCAGUCAAAAGCUGUUGGUUUCUUCGCAAAUGGUUAAAUGGCUGGGAUAUGUCGUCAGCUUCAAACAGCGCUUGGGCUUCUCCAAGGCUUUCAGAUCAUAACAACGAGGAAUUCGUUCCCGUGUCAAACAUCUCUAACAACGGCAUACUACAACCGAAACCAUCGUCAAAGAUCAAGCGAAUUCGCCAUCCUACAGACUCAUUCUUCUUGCUAAGGCUUUGCCAGCUAAUUGUCUCAUUUGUGCUGAAUGCAACUCUGUUCGUUUUAUGUCUUUGCUUGUGUUUGACAGUUUUACCGCUUGUUCUUUUCAUCCGUCGUAUCAUGGAGACUUGCUGCGUCAAGACAAACACUCGUCACGGAAAGCUAGAUACAGUUAAUUCCUUAGACGCAAUAUGGCUUUCUCCUACUAUUAACAACAAUUCAAUWUCAAGCCUAUUCUUUCUCCUAGAGGGGCAUAUUAAUGUAGAAGAACUUAAGGAAUUGAUCAACGACAAAUGGCUUCACUAUUGUAGUGCAAAGAAGAAAUACCGCUUUGCCAAACUGCGAAUGUGUGCUGUAGAAGUAUGUUCGGGAUUCGCUUGGAGGAAACUUGGGGAUCUUCAAACCGAGAAUUUUGUGUGUGUUUCUGACCAAAGUGGAACAGAAAUUAGUGCUGUUGAAUUUUUAGGAGUCAAUUCCUACAUAGACGAAGUAAACUCGAAUGAUCCGAAGAGACUAUGGCAAGUGACCGUUUUCCCAAAAUUUCUUGACAGCGAAGAUUCUGGUAUUCUUUUUCAAAUGCACCAUUCUGUCUGCGAUAUUUUCCCUUUCGCAAGAUUUGUAUUUGAGUCUCUUGAAUAUAAAAAUGUUUAUUUGAAAGACCGUUGUUUUCCAAUGCAUCGAUUGUGUCUAUAUUUUUGUACGGCAUUCGCUGGACCUCUUAUCGUCACUCGCCGACUAUUCCAUUCCAAGGCCAAGACUAUUUUAGACCAAAACAACGAUUGUCAAUAUAACAAGGUUUUGUGGAGCGAAGCCAUCGACAUGAAAAGUGUAAAAAAAGUCAAAGAUAUUUCAAGGACGAAAGUCAAUGUGAUUUUAAUGUCUUGUCUGGCUGGGGCACUACGUUCCUAUUUUUAUAUGUGUGGAAUUGACCAUCCAGACGAUCUACGUGCUUGUAUAAAAAUAGAUACCAGACCACAACAUACUAAACUUAGACUGGACAAUCACCUCUCUUAUGUCUUUGUUGAUCUCCCGUCAGCAACUGAAGGUGCAGUUCCUCGUCUGUGGGACAUGAGAAGRCGAAUGGAGGACUUCAAUUCAAUGAUAGAAGGCUUUGCGUUUUUUGCAUUUCUUCGAUUUUGYUUGAUUCUCUUCCCACUGUCCCUUGCACGYCGUGUGGUUGAUUUCUUGCUUGGUAAAGCUUCUUGUACCGUAACGUUUCUGUCGGGACCCAAUACCCCGGUGUAUUUCAACGGGAAGAUGGCUAAAUAUAUGACAUUCUGGGAGCCUAAGCCAAACAGUUCAGGGYUGUCGUUAUCCAUCGCUACGUAUGGAAAUCAUGUUCGUCUGGGUGCYGUUUUCCACCAAGAGCAGCCUUGUGAUCCUCAACUUCUCUUGACCGAGUUCCAGAAAGAAGUGGAGAAUCUUUCAAAGCAUCUCUCCCAGCGAACUUUGCCAUCACAUCUAAGAUGGCGAGCGAGGCAGCAAAUACUUAUGCAGCAAGACGAAAAGGAAGGUAGCUGCUCUGAUGAGCCAGCAGUWUGAUCGUUAUCCAUACUUCACACAUGAUUUGCUCUCAAGUGAGUUUAGAAUAACUUAAUAUCAAUCAUUCAUUU